AUGGCGGAACAUCUCAACGUUCUCAUCUCGACCUUCAAUGGUCUUGGUCUUCCACCGACCUUGGUCCUGCGCGCAUCUCCAUCUACUACAGUCACUUCCCUACGAGAGCAGAUCGAUGGGAAGCUGCCUGCCGGUGCCACCGAAGCUAAAUUCAUCAUCACAACUCUCUCAAAUCGACUGCUACCCCAAGUAUCAGAGGCGCCCCUUUCAACGUACCUUACAUCAGACAAUGACGAUUUUCUCUCCUUACGCCUCGCCAUUCCCCUAUGCGGUGGAAAGGGUGGUUUCGGAUCUCAGCUCCGAGCUGCCGGUGGUCGCAUGUCAUCGCGCAAGAAGCAGAAGCAAGAUGAUGGCGGCUCAAGCCGAAACCUGGAUGGAAGACGAAUCCGCACUAUCAACGAGGCCAAGGCUCUCGCCGAGUACCUCGCUAUCAAACCAGAGAUGGAGAAGAAGGAAAAGGAGAAGCGACGUCAACGAUGGGAAGAGAUUGUCGACAUGGCAGAGAGGAGAGAGGCUGAGAUCAAGUCCGGCGGCAGGGGCAAGUUGGACGGUCAGUGGGUUGAAGAUAAAGAAGAAAGCAACGAGCGAACUCGCGAAGCCGUGCUGGCUGCCAUGAAAUCUGGAAACUAUAAAGACAACCUACUCAGCUCAUCUCACGACUCUGCGUCAACUGAGCAAAGCAAUAGCAAAUCUGCGAGCGAUGGGGAAGAUUCGGAGAGCUCUAAAGAAUCACCCCCUCCGACUGAGGCUCCUGGUCCAUCAAAGGCCAAGGCGAGAACAUUCUUCGGUUUUGAUGAGGACGAUGAAUUCAUGAGUUCUGAUUCGGAGAAUGAAGAUGAAAAGGAAUCUUCAUAA